AUGUUAGAAUCCUUUGCUGCUACAUUUUUAAAUAGAAUUCUAGGAUCUUAUGUUGAGAACUUUGAUGAAAACCAAUUGGAAGUAGGUAUUUGGAAUGGGGAUGCCAAACUAAAAAAUUUAAAGUUACGUAAAGAUGCCUUAGAUGCUUUACAACUCCCUCUUGAUGUUAAGUCUGGUAUUUUAGGUGAUUUAACCUUGAUUGUCCCGUGGUCCAGUUUAAAAAACAAACCAGUCAAGAUUGUAAUAAAUGAUGUCUUUUUAUUGGCUGUUCCUAGAACUUUGGAUUCAUAUGAUUCGGAGGAAGACGCUAAAAGGGAAUUCAAAAGGAAAAUGGCUACAUUAAAUGAAUUGGAAAUGGCCAAUGAUGCUAAGCCAGCUGAUGAUGCAAAUUCCAAAAAAAAUCAAUCUUUCACUCAAAAUUUAAUCACGAAAAUUAUAGAUAAUGUUCAGAUUACUUUUAAAAACAUUCACAUUAGAUAUGAAGAUUUAGAUUGCAUAUUUUCAGAAGAUCCAUACUGUGUUGGUGUGACUUUAAACGAACUAUCAGCAGUUUCCACAAAUGAAAAUUGGAUGCCUAGUUUCAUCUCUAUCACUCAAGAAAUUACACAUAAGCUAUUGAGCUUAAAUUCGUUGUCUUUAUAUUGGAACACCAAUUGUAAGGACACCAUAUUUGAUAUGGACACUUCGAAAAUGAUUGACAGUUUUAAGUCUUCUAUUGUCACUGAAGAUAAUACUGAUAUGGAAUAUCAAUAUUUAUUAGCCCCUGUUACGGGUACUUGUAGACUGAGUUUGAAUAAAUUGGGAUCUACAGAGACCAAUCCACAUAUAGAGGCGUUGCUAGAUUUUUCCAAAUUAGGGCUUACAUUAGACGACAAUCAAUACAAGGAGCUAUUAGGUUCCAUGUCUAAAUACCAGUGGUUUAAGAAAUCCUGGAAAUACAGGAAACUGAGGCCAAAGUAUACUGUCUCCGAAAACCCCAAGGGAUGGUUCAAGUAUGUUGCCAAUUGUGUUUUGAAUGAAGUUCACGACAAGAAUUAUAAAAAAACCUGGGAUUAUAUUAAGGAAAGAAAGGUAAAAGAGGGCAAAUAUAUUGCCUUGUGGAAAAAAAAAUUAGCAAUGCCAGAUCUUUUAACCCCAUUGCCAAAUGUUGAGGAUGAAAAUGAAUUGGACAAAUUGAAUGCUGAUCUACCCAUUGAUGAUAUCAGGUUUUUCAGAACUUUAGCUAAGAAAGAAUAUUUAAAAGAAAAAAUAAACGCUCCACCGGGCUCAUCUGAUUCUAAUGGCACCAAUAAGUCCCAAAACAACUGGAUUUCAAACUGGUGGUAUGGGAAUAAUUCUUCUCAAACCGAAAACUUGGAAAUGACAGAAGAACAAAAACAGGAAUUAUACGAUGCGAUCGACUUUGACGAAAAUAAUGAAAUCGCUGAAUAUUCUACGCCAGACGAUCGGAUUACUUUAAGAAUAACAAGCAAAUUAGACAGGGGUUCCUUAACUUUGAAGGAUAAAGCAAAUAAUUUAACGCUAGGUGAAAUGAUUUUUGAAAAUUGUCAAACUGAGUUAUUUCAAAGACCAAAUUCGUAUGGUCUGAAUUUUAAACUUUUCCAAUUUACAGUCGUUGAUGGAUCUCCAAAUACUUUGAAUAAACACAUUGUCAAGGUUAAUACCGACAGUGUCGAUAAUUCCAAAUUAGUCACAGAAGGUGACCCCUUUUUUCUGAUCAACUUUGAGCAUAACCCAUUGGAUAUCGACGCUGAUAGUUCUUUAGGAGUCAAAUUGCAAAGUAUGUCUAUUUAUUACCACGUUCAUUUUAUUAACAGAGUUAUGCAAUUUUUCAAACCACCAAGACAACACUACGAUACGAUUGCAGCCAUUAUGUCGGCUGCUGAAAGUACUGUUGAAACUUGGACCACCCAAACUAGAAUGGGUAUUGAAGCACUUUUAGAAGAGCAUCAGACUUUUGAUGUGAAUUUGGAUCUACAAACACCGUUAAUUAUUAUCCCGCUAGAUCCACACGUUUGGGACACUCCAUGUGCCAUUAUAGAUGCUGGUCAUAUUUCGAUGGUAUCUGAUUUGGUAUCAAGAGAGAAAAUUAAAGAGCUAAAAAAAUUAAGUGUUGAAGAUUAUAACAAAAUCGAUCCCAAAGAUGUCAAUAGAUUAAUGUUUGAUCGUUUUAAAUUAUGUUUAGACAAUGCACAAUUUUUGGUUGGUCCUGACAUUCGUUCCACUAUUUCUAGUUCUGGCUAUUCUGAAAAUGACAAUCAAUAUGCCGUUUUGGAGAAGAUGCAUUUUGAAUUCGUUAUUGACAUUUGUAUCUUACCAAAAGCUUUGAAUUUGCCUAAAAUUAGAACAACUGGUGUGUUACCAACAUUGAAAGUGUGUUUAAACGAUUAUCAGUACAAAAUCAUUAUGAAUUUAAUUGCAACUUGCCUGCCCAACACAAAUAAUGAAACUGAAGAUGAUGCCCAUCACAUAGGAGAGGCAGCUAGCGAAAAAAUAUCAGAGAGGGAAAGGAGUAAUAUUUUGGUUCAAAGACAGUUAAGACAAACCAAAAAGUACAUAGACAGUUUGAGCAAAGAUGAACUGGUACAGAGGUCGUUUCAAAUGAAAUUGGAUGUUGAUUCCACAGAAAUUGUAUUAAAAAAAUGCGUUGAUAGGGAGUCUAUGAAAGCGGAAACAUUAGUUUCUAUUGGCGGUGAUAAAUUGAACUUCACUUUUGGAAAGACACCCAAGGAUAUGUACGUCACUGUUGGUUUGGCCAAUUUUUAUAUUGAAGAUUUUAUGUAUCCUGAUUCGAGUAAAGAGUUGAAAUAUAUAGUUACUUCAAGCAAAGUUUCCGAUGAUUUUACUUUGUUUGACAUGAAUUACAAAAGAAGCCAAAGACUUGUUGAAUAUGAAACUUCACUAAUUGAGGUGUACGAUCAAGAUAUCGAUUUGCAAUUAUCGGCUUUGAAGGUAGUUUUAAAUAGUAAAUCUAUUUUGACGUUGUUAAAUUAUAUUAUGACCACGUUUACUGAUCCAACUGCAGAGAAUAUUCCUGCCGAUGUCCUAAGACAUAAUGCUGAAAAUUUGGAGACAUCUCCACAAAAAAUCAAUUUGUGUUUGAAGAUGGACCAAACAACAUUAUUAAUCGUAGAUGAGUUUGAGAAGAUAGCCACUAUGGAAUUAUCCAAGGGCAUGAUUGAUUUGAUUUAUUUGCCUGAAAAAAUGAAGGUGGUCGGAAGGUUAGGAAGCAUCUUGUUGCGCGAUGAACUUCAUCACAAUUUAAAUGUGGACUCAGAUAUCAGACAGAUUAUUAGUAUGGUUGAGGAUGAAGUUGCAGAGUUCACUUAUGAAACUUUUGACACUGUUAACAACACAAAUGAUUACACAUCCAGUUUUGAUUUUAAAUCCAGCUCUAUUAAAAUUAAUUUCAUUGAACAAACUAUCAAUAGAAUUUUUGAGUAUUUCAGCACUUUUCAAAAAACGAAAACAAUUUUUGACAAGGCAAGAGAAGCUGCGUACAACCAGGCACCCAGCAUUGAUACAAUUAAUAAACUAAAAUUGAAUGUUUUGGUUAAAACGCCCAUUAUCAAGUUACCAAAAGUGAUUGAUCCGAAAAAGGGCCUAUGUGAUGAUGUAACAUUCUAUUUGGGGGAGUUUUACUUAAGUAACAGUUUUACAAACACAAAUUCAAAAGCCAUGAUUAACCGCAUUCAAACAGGAUUAAGGUCCACCAAAGUUACCUCCUUUUUCAACUUUUCGAAUUGUACUCAAAAGUCAAAUAUGGUUGAUAAUUUGGACUUAAUAUUUAAUAUUGAUUUCAAUUCUAAUCCUUCCAAUCUUGUGCCUGCAUUAAAAAUCAAGGGUAAUCUAUCACCUUUGUUUAUGAAACUAACGGAAACACAAGUGAAUUAUUUGUUAGAUUUAUUUCCCAGGAUAGCGGCAACAUUUUCAUACGAUGCGAAUUCAACCACAGAGGAUAUCGAAAAUGAAGCAAUAAAGGCGAAUGAUAUUAUAGCACCACAUAAUAACUAUAGUGUCAAUACAAAUAUUUUUAAUGACUUAGAAACUAAGGAAACCAAGCAGAAGGAUCCAGAUGCGUUAUCUUUGGAUUUGUCAUUUUCGCUUCCUGAUAUAUCUUUGUCUUUGUAUGAUAACACCAGCAACGUUGAGGACAUUGAGCAGUGUGGUUUAACAACUAUUUCUUUACAUGAUUCCGGAUUUGCUAUCACGAUGAAAAAUAAUGGCAGCUAUAAAGGGAAUGGAUUCUUUUCCGCGUUUUCUAUUGAAGAUACGAGAGAAAAUAAGGAAAAUAAGCAUGUUAAGUUGAUACCUGCAAUUUCUUCUGAUCGUAAACAAUUUCAAAUUGGCAUAGAAAAAAUUCUGUACCCUGAAAAAAAUCUGAUCAAUCUCUUUUUGACCAUUGAUAGCCCUAAAAUAAUUUUGGCGGUAGAUUAUUUGAUAUCUUUGAGAUUGUUUUCUGUUCACUGUUUUGCUUCUCCUAGCGACCAGAUUUCGUUGAAUGUAGCAGAUAAAACUGCUAGCAUUAUUUCAGGGUCUGAGACCCUUGUUAAAUCUGAUGCCAGCAAAACCGAUGAAAUGAAAACUAAAUUUAAUUAUGUGUUUGAUAUGAUUGAUUCCUCCGUGAUUUUAUUAGCGGAUCCAUCGGAUUUGGACUCAGAAGCUGUUGUGUUUAGGGUAGGCAGGACUUUGAUUACUCAUCAAGAUGUGUUCAACAUAAGAGCUGAUAAGAUUGGUAUGUUUUUAUGUAAUAUGGAGAGCUUCGAUAAAGAACACAUCAGAUUGAUUGAUGAUUUUUGUGUGAGUGGGCUAUGUGAUUCUAGAUCCACAGAAAACAAGAUUAAAACAGAUGUUACUUUAUUAGUUGAUCCGUUGGUUAUGAGAUUGUCCCUAAGAGAUAUUAGAUUGGCGAUGGAUAUUUUUAACAAAGCUGUGUCAAUGGCCACUGAGAAGGGUUUGAUUGGUGAAAAUGGGGUUGAAAAAAAGGAAGAAGAAUCUGGAUUGGGACAACAAAAUGCCGAGGUUAAUUUUUCAAGAGAGUUCAAGUUGGCGUUGGCGAAAUAUGCACCCAGUGUCCUAUCUGACAUUAGUUGGAAUACUAUGUCCGAUAAGAAAGAUGAUAAAAUUCAACCCGGCAAAGUAGCAUUAUUGUGUAGCGAAAAAUUCCAAGCAGACUUUCAAGGAAUGCGUUUAGCUUUGAUUGGUGAUAUAAAUGAGUUGCCAAUGUUGGAUUUGGAUGUGAAACCAUUUUCUUUGCAAGCAAAAGAUUGGUCUGGUGCUUUUGAUGCUAUCAGUACUUUUGAAACUUAUGUUAACAUAUUUAAUUAUUCAAAAUCGAGCUGGGAGCCUCUGAUCGAGCAAGUCCCCUUUACCUUUCAUAUUUCUAAGAACGAUAUUGUGGGAGAUGCAGAUUUAUCUGUGGAUUUGUACUCAAAAAAGUUAUCUGAGAUCACUCUAACAUCUCAAUCAAUUAGUUUGUUGUCUACGAUCCCUGAGUCGAUUUAUAAUUAUGAAAAAAUUAAACCAAGGGGUGAAAUAAAGCCUUAUAGGAUAAUUAAUGACAUUGGUGAAGAUUUGGAAGUUUGGAUUGACACUAUGAACGGCGGACAAACAAGUAAGAUUUUGUUGCAUUAUGGUGAUAGUAUUCCUUGGGAGUUUGAGGAUUGGAGAAAAGUGAGAGAGAAUUUAGAUACUGAUAACACCAAACUUUUUUUAGGGUUUAGAGUGAAAAGUGAUGAUUUUCAAAAUAGCUUUCGUCUGGAUGUUAGUUUUGAAUCAGAAGAUAUCUAUACUUUACUGCCACCUACACCUUCGUAUCAUCAUAGGAUUUGUUGUAAAACAGAGCUAGGGUCUGAUAAUGUGAAAACGAUAACUUUUAGCUCUUCGUUAACUAUGUAUAAUCAGACAGCAAACACAAUUGAAGUUAGAAUCAAUGGAGAAAAAUCUGUUUUUGUUGAGCCUGAUGCCAGGAAAUCUGUGCCCUUUAGAGAUGUAUUUACGGCAGAUUUGUUGAUUAGGCCCGUAUCUGACAAUUUACAAUACACCUGGUCUGAAACUCCAUUCACUUGGAAAACGUUAUUAAUGGAUUCAAUGUUUGAAAGAUGUGAGGAAAUCGAAAGCAGCACCGGAUUUUAUUUUAAGAUGGAGGCUAAGUAUAAUAAAAUGGAAAAAUUAGCCAGAGUCUAUCCGCACAUGGAAAUUGAGAUAUCACCACCUAUUGAGGUUGAGAAUCUAUUACCUUAUGAUAUGAAAUUUGAGCUAGUGGCUAAAAAUAAGGGCGAGAGUUUUGUAGCAGAUUUACCAAGGGGAGAAAGUAUUCCUGUUCAUAACAUUAAUUUUGAUGAUUUUAUCUUUUUCAGAUUAUCUCCAAAGGGAUCAGGGUAUUAUUCGGCAGAUUAUUCUUUAAUUUCUGUUCCCAAGGAUAGUUCUGUUGGUACUGAGAAUAAAAUCGAAAUGGUUAAAAGAUCCACUGGAGAAACGUUAUUUUUGAACAUUCAUUACCAUAAGAAACACGAUUCUAACAAUGAGGUUUUGAAGAUAUAUGCACCAUAUAUUAUUUUGAAUGGUACCGAACGUGAUAUCUAUGUCAGAGCAAAUCAGUCUUCUAAUAUUUUUUCAAGUAAAGUUAGAGCUAUAGCUAAUAAUGAGUAUGUGUCUGCUCCAGAAAUGUUUUCCUUUAAUGAAGACCAAAAUAAACAAUUGGCGCAAUUUAAGAUGAGGGAAACCGAGUGGUCUAAGGCGACAACAAUUGAAGUUGUUGGACAGAGUAUUGAUCUAAAACUAUCUAUUCCAAACAAGACUAUGGAGUCUGAGUUGGGUAUUCAUAUUUCUGAGGGCGAGGGUAAAUACAAAUUGACGAAAUCGAUUUAUAUAAACCCAAGGUACAUUAUGAAAAAUAGUUACAAGUCUGAUUUGGUUUUAGCUGAGACGAUGUCAAAAUUGGAAACAGUGUUAAACCAAAGUGCGUCAUAUCCACUAUACAAUAUGUCGUUGGCACAAAAUAAAUUUUGUAGAUUGGCGAUGCCUGGUGGGAAAUACUCUGAGGCUUUUAAACUUGGAGAUAUUGGUACCACAUAUGUCAAACUAUUUGAUAGUUCACGUGGCAAGCAUAUUUUGGUUAAGAUCGAAACGGUUUGCGAAAAUGCCACAUUAUUUUUAGAAAUUAAGGAUUCUCAAAGUGAUUGGCCAUUUUCUUUAAGGAAUUUUAGCCCUUAUGAGUUUAUAAUGUAUCAACGGGAUCCAUCAAAACUUGAUUCGGAUGGGAGUUAUUAUGCCGACGCUAAUCAGGACAGUGAUGAUUAUAAUGAAUCAUUGUAUUUGAAAAAACCUCAGUUUGAACCAAUUGCAUAUCAAUUAUUAAGUUAUACUAUGAUGCCCUUUUCUUGGGACUUCCCAUCUGCUAAGGAGAAAAGGUUAAUAAUUGAGUAUAAAAACAAAAGACGUUCUGUUGAUCUAAGGGAGAUUGGAAAUUUAAGGCCAAUGCAAUUGGAGGCGCCUUCCAAAGACUAUCCAGAGGGGCUAUACGCCGAGUUGAAUAUUAUGACUGAUGGUCCUAUACAGGCUUUAGUGAUUACUAAAUAUAAUGAAGAAACCAGUAUGUACAAAUUGAAAUCCAAAUCAAAGAAACAAAAACAACCACCAGCUUUACCACCAAGGGUCUCUACAUCUUCAUCAAACAAUAAUUUAGAACCAAGAAUGAGUGUAAACAGUACCAGUUCUGUUGUUACUACUGGAAAUACUGUGGGCCGCAGUAAUAACAAUAAUGGUAGUGGUGGUAGUAGUAGUAGUAGUAGUGGUGGUGGUGGUGGUGGUAAUAGUAUUAUUGGUACUACUAGUAAUAAUAGUAGUAGCGCGACAUUAAACAGUAAUGAUAAGUUUGUUGUGAAUGAUGAUAAAGCAGAUAGACAUAGUUUUUUGAAGGUCUCAUUAUCUUUUGAAGGGUUGGGCAUUUCAUUAAUUAAUCACCAAUUGCAAGAGUUAUGUUAUGUUAAUAUUAAGGGACUUGAAUUUAAGUACAACAAUUCUAAGUUGUAUCAAACUUUUAGUUGGAAACUAAAAUGGAUUCAAAUUGACAACCAAUUGUUUGGUGGAUUAUAUCCGAACGUUGUGUACCCUACAAUUAUACCAGACAGGUCUGAAGAAUUAGAUAACCAUCCGGUAUUUUCUGGGUCUAUAUCUAAAGUAAACGACGAGACCAGGGGGUUGACAUAUUUUAAGCAUGCCACUAUAUUGCUACAGGAAUUAACAGUUAAAUUAGAUGAGGAUUUUGUUUUAUCUUUGAUUGACUUUUUGGACUUCCCGGGGGCUUCGUGGCACAUGUUGGUGCAGGAUAAGUUGUACGAUGAUACAAGCUACGAUUCGAAGGAUGAGUUUGUGAUUACAUUACCCCAUUCUAGUUUGAAUGUAGAAAGCAAUGAUAUUUAUUUUGAAACGUUGCACUUGCAACCAACUGUUUUGCACUUAAGUUUUAUGCGUACUGAACAUAUUAACAGUUUGGAUGAUUCCAAAGAAGUUGAAGUACCUCCAGAAAGUGCACUAAUGAUGUUGGUGAAUGUUUUAACUAUGGCGCUAGGGAAUGUCAAUGACGCACCAAUUCAAUUGAACUCAUUGCUGUUGGAGAAUUUAAAAGUCAGCACUAGUACUUUGCUAAACUGUGUUAAAGAGCAUUAUAGGGCAACGAUUUUCAGUCAAUUAUAUAAAAUAGUUGGUUAUGCGGAUGUUUUUGGUAAUCCGAUCGGGCUAUUUAACAAUUUAAGUAGUGGGUUUCAUGACAUAUUUUACAGGCCAUAUCAAGGCUACGUGAUGAAUGACAGACCUGAGGAGUUAGGGAUUAGUAUAGCUAAGGGAAGUAUCAGUUUUUUCAAGAUGUCUGUUUAUGGGUUUUCGGAUAGUGUUAGCAAGUUGACAGGCUCUGUAGCUAAGGGGCUAAGUGCUGCUACACAAGACAAAAGUUUCCAGCAAAGACGUUUACUGCAACAGAGACAAAACAGAUAUAACCAUGACAUUAACGGGUUCAGUUCUGGGUUUAAUUCUUUGGUGAAUGGUGUAGCAUCGGGUUUAACUGGAGUGGCAAGAGAUCCGAUAGAAGGUGCGAAAAAACAAGGAACUGGCGGAUUUCUCAAGGGGUUAGGGAAAGGCUUGAUAGGGAUACCGACGAAGACGGUUAUUGGAUUUUUAGAUAUGGCCAGCAAUGUAAGUGAAGGAAUUAAAAACACGACUACGGUUUUAGACGCGAAUGGGGUUCGUCCAGUUAGGUUCCCUAGGUUUUUGGGUGAGAAUAAAGUUGUCAAAAGCUAUAAUGAAAGGGAAUCGCAGGGGCAGUACUGGUUGAAGAUGUGUAAUGGUGGUCAAUACAUGAAAGACCACUAUGUCGCGCAUGUUUUGUUGCCAGGAAAGGAAACAAUUUUGUGUGUUUCACAGGAGAGAAUUGCAGAGAUUAACAUUUGUAAUCUACAAUGUAUUUGUAUGAGUAGACUUGAAAACAUUGAAAGCACGCCCAUUGAUGAUGGUAGACAGUUGGUAAUUAAUGUAGUGAGCGAUGAUGGACAAUUUGUUGUUUGGAAAUACCCUAUCCCAAAUUCUAAUGAUAGAAGAAUGUUAUUAGACGCUAUAAUUAUGGUCCAAAAAAGAGCUAGAAAAUAUUUGGAUGCAACCCCAUAG